UUUUGCUCAUCUUCACUGUCAAAUCUCAAUCGCUCGCCGUCGCCCCCCGCCCGACACACCGGCGGCCGGCCUGUGCGACGGCGAUCCUCACCACCACCGCCUCCGAUGCCUCCGCCGGCACGCCGGCGUAUCGCCGGCGAUCCCAACUCCACGUCGAUCACCUCACAUGCCGGCAUGGUUAAGCUCCUCGCCGACAUCCUCCACCACACCCCGCCUUCCACCUGGCCGUCCGCCCUCGCCGCCCCGCUGCUCCGCGGCCGCCUGGCCGCCGCCCACGUCUCCUCCCUCCUCCUCCUCCCGCCGUCGCUAUCUCGCCCCGAUCUCUCCCGCCGCUUCCUCCUCCUGCUGCCGCCCCACCUCGUCUCCCCGGUGUCACUGUCUCUCCUCGCCCUCUCCUUCCUGUCCUCCUCGCCGUCCUCCUCGUCGUCGUCAUUCUCCUCCCGGCACGCCGCCUCCCUCCUCCUCUCCCUCGCGUCCUCCGCUCCGUCUUCUUCCUCCUCAUUCUCGUCUCUCUCCCACGCUUCCUCCCUCUCGGCCUUCCCGCCAGGCGCGGCCUCCACCGCCGCCGCGCUGCUCGCCUCAUCUUACCUCCGCCUCCGCCGCGCCCGCGACGCCGCCGCCGUUCUUGGCCUCUCCCUUUCAUCGGGGAUUACUGUUAACCAAUAUACCGCUUCUCAGAUAUUGUUCUCUCUUGUCAAGAUUCGGCAGUUCGCUCUUGCCCGGGACCUGUUUGAUAAAAUGCUCCAGUCCGGUGUUCAUCUGGAUGAGUAUGUUUACACGGCAGGCAUUCGAGCUUAUUGCGAGUCCAGGAAUCUGGAUGGUGCGAGAGGGUUGGUGGUAAGGAUGGAAAGCGAGGGGGUCAAGGCCAGCGCUGUGCCUUACAAUGUAUUGAUGUAUGGCUUAUGCAAGAAUAUGCGCGUUCAGGAGGCUGUGGAGGUGAAGAAUGUCAUGGUGAACAUAGGAGUGACAGCCGAUGAAGUGACAUACCGUACUCUGGUCUAUGGUUUUUGUCGGAUGGAAGAGCUGGAAAUGGCACUGAGGAUAACACAUGACAUGAUCAGGCUUGGUUUUGUGCCAUCAGAGGCUAAUUGCUCAUUUAUGAUUGACGAGCUACGCAAGAAGGAGCUGGUUGAGGAGGCAUUCAGUUUAGCUUGUAAAUUGGGUGAUUUGGGCAUGGUACCAAAUGUGUUUGCAUACAAUGCAUUGAUUGACAAACUGUGCAAGAAUGAAAGGUUUGACGAUGCAGAUAGGCUCUUUAAAGAGAUGGCGGGCAGGGGUCUGGAGCCAAAUGAGGUGACUUAUGCUAUAUUGAUACAUGCCCUGUGCAAGAGAGGGAUGAUAGAAGAUGCACUUUGUUUGUUCGAUAAGAUGAGGGAUAAGGGUAUCAAAGUGACAGUUUAUCCAUACAAUUCCUUAAUCAAUGGUUACUGUAAACAGGGUUCUUUGGAUCGGGCAAGGGGACUUUUGAGUGGUAUGGUUAAGGAGGGAUUGACACCAACUGCAGCAUCAUAUUCUCCCCUAAUAGCUGGUUUAUGUAGGAAUGGAGAUCUGUCUAGUUGCAUGGAACUCCACAGGGAGAUGGCUGAGAGGGGCAUCGCAUGGAAUAAUUAUACUUUCACAGCACUUAUCAAUGGUUUCUGCAAAGAUAAAAAAAUGGAUGAAGCUGCUAGGCUGUUUGAUAAAAUGAUUGACAGCAAUGUAAUACCAAAUGAAGUGACCUUUAAUGUUAUGAUAGAAGGGUAUUGCCUUGUUGGAAAUAUAAGAAAGGCAUUCCAGUUAUAUGAUCAAAUGGUGGAAAUGGGGCUCAAACCUGAUAAUUACACUUAUAGAUCAUUAAUAAGUGGACUUUGCUUGACCAGUGGAGUGUCAAAAGCAAAUGAAUUUGUUGCUGAUCUAGAAAAUAGCUAUGCUGUGCUAAACAACUUUAGCCUGACAGCGCUUCUGUAUGGAUUCUUUAGAGAAGGAAGGUUCACUGAAACAUACCAUCUUUGGGAUGAGAUGGCAGUGCGAGGAGUCAAGCUUGAUCUUGUCAGUUUUACCAUAAUCGUGUAUGCUGCUCUGAAACAGCAUGAUAAGGAAAAAUCAUGUGUGCUAUUUAGGGAGAUGAAAGAACAAGGUGUCAAGCCAGAUGAUAUAUUCUACACAUGCAUGAUUGAUGCACUGUCAAAGGAAGAAAAUAUGAUCCAAGCUUUAAACUGCUGGGAUCAGAUGGUUGUUGAUGGCUACUCUCCAAACACUGUAACACAUACAGUCUUGAUAAAUAAUCUCUGCAAGUCAGGGUAUUUGGGCAGUGCAGAGCUCCUCUGUAAAGAGAUGUUAGCUGGGAAUGUUCUUCCAAAUAAAUUUACCUAUAAUUGUUUUCUUGAUUAUUUUGCAACUGAAGGGGACAUGGAAAAGGCCAAAGAUCUCCAUUCAGCCAUGCUUCAAGGCCAUCUAGCUAGCAUAGUGUCAUUUAACAUAUUGAUCAAGGGCCUCUGCAAGGCUGGAAAGAUCCAAGAGGCAAUUGACCUUAUGAGCAAGAUCACUGAAAGUGGUUUCUCUCCAGAUUGCAUCAGCUAUUCUACAAUAAUACAUGAGCUCUGUAAGAUGGGUGAUAUAAACAAAGCAUUUGAGCUUUGGAAUGAAAUGCUCUACAAGGGAUUAAAACCUGAUGUUGUAGCAUACAACAUUUUUAUACGGUGGUGCAAUGUUCAUGGUGAAUCUGAUAAGGCUUUGGGAAUAUACACUAAUAUGAUUAGAAGUGGGGUGCAACCAAACUGGGAUACGUAUAGAGCUCUUCUCUCAGGAAUUUCUCUGAUGGUCAGCAAGGGGCAGGCAUUGCUGCUUACCACCUGAUGUCUAGGGCAGUGCAUUUCAGGCUCUCAUCUAAUGGCAUAAGUUGCUAUCAUUCAUCUAGAACAGGAUCCAUGAAAUAGUUCCCUGAACUGUAGCUACAUUAUGACUUCAGUUGCUUCAGAGGGACAAAACAAUACAUACAAAUUUCUGUAUAUGAGCUCAUGGAUUCUACACAUAACAAUGUCAUAACGUGCUUGGGGUUUCUGAGCCAGUGUAACAGAAUCUUUUUGAUGCUUGAUCUUAUGGCUAAUACCGCUAAUGUUGAUCUACCCAAACUUGCUUGGGACUAGAGGCUGAUAUUGUUGUUGGUGGUGUUGUUAGUGCUGAUUUUAGGCUACAAGAUUUCAUGCUUCAAUGAGAUAGUGCCACAGGAUAUAUUUCCAGGAAAUUCUGUUUCCUCAAGACCUAAGCUGGAAAGGAAAACUGAACUCUCAUUGUGUACCAGAGAAUCGUAGUAGAAGCAAAUUAUGAUCGGGAUUCAGGCUGUUGUCAAAGGUUACCCAUCAAGUCGGUAUAUAUCGCAUUGUGUCUUCUUUGAGCGUCACAUAGGCGAAUAUGGUUUGUUGAUGAUCACAAGUCUGGUGAAAUAAUCCUUGAGUUUGAUGGUAGACUGAACAAAUGGGGCGUCAUCAGCUUCCGUUCUGAUGUUAAAGUCAAGAAAUUGAGUCCUGGACCGCAGGUCUCUUUCCCUACACACCAGUCUGGCUACAUGCCUACAUCGCCCUCACUACUUCUGCCGGUACCGUGGAUCAUGAUUCAUGAAAGAGGCAAGGAGAAAGCAUAUGGGAGAAAAUGUUCUGGGAUUCUUCUAACAGAGAGAUUUAUCUUGGAUGAUCAAUAGAAAAAGACUUGCUGUCCUCAAGUUCAAGGCCACUAGUAUCACUGUAUCAGGAUUCGUAUACAUGCAGUGAUGCUGUAGAUGGACUCAAAGCUAGCAGCAGCGUAGAAGAUGGUGUAGAUACGUGCCUAUAUGAUUUAUGAAUUGUUCCUGUUUUGGAUUCUAUUGUGCCGUCUAUUUAGUUUUAUUGCCCAUUGAUUUGCACUCGUUCUGCUGUAUUGUCUGUCAAUGAAAAGUUGCCGGAUGUUAUAGAACGUAUUUUCUGAAGUUUUAGAAAAGCUUCAACUCUAUAGUAUAUUUCUACCAGGCUGUGCUGAUGCAGUGAUGCUUCUGCGAGCUGAGUAGCUGACUGCUGUUGAUUGCUGAUGAUUUAUUCGGUGC